CCAGAGGAACCAUGGGGAGUCCUGAACAGAAAGUGGUGCUGAUCACCGGCUGCUCUUCUGGUAUCGGCCUGAGGAUGGCUGUGAUGCUGGCCAAGGAUGAAAAGAAGCGCUAUCAUGUUAUAGCUACGAUGCGUGAUCUGAAACGUAAAGAUAAGCUGGUGGAAGCUGCCGGAGAUGCGUACGGGAAAACGCUCUCUCUUGCCGUCCUGGACGUCUGCAGUGAUGAAUCUGUCAAACAGUGUAUCGAUGGCAUCAAAGAUCGACACGUGGACAUCCUCAUCAACAACGCAGGGAUCGGUCUGGUGGGUCCGGUUGAGAGCAUCCCCAUUGAGGAGAUGAAGAAAGUCUUUGAGACCAACUUCUUUGGAGCUAUUCGCAUGAUCAAGGAGGUGAUGCCCGACAUGAAGAGAAGAAGAGGGGGACACAUCAUCGUGGUCAGUAGUGUGAUGGGUCUACAAGCGGUGGUGUUUAACGACGUCUACUCAGCUUCCAAGUUUGCCAUGGAGGGCUUUUGCGAGAGUUUGGCUGUGCAGCUUUUAAAGUUCAACGUCACACUGUCAAUGAUCGAACCUGGACCAGUGCACACAGAAUUCGAAGUGAAAAUGAUGGAAGACGUGAAACAGAAGGAAUAUCCUGGAGCGGAUCCCGACACCGUGCACUACUUCAAGAACAUCUAUCUUCCCACUGCUGUGAACAUCUUCGAGGGAUUCGGACAAACACCUGAUGACAUUGCGAAAUGCACAAAGAAAGUGAUUGAAGCCAGCAGACCACGUUUCCAUAAUCUGACCAACUCGAUGUACUCACCGAUCGUUGCCCUGAAGCACGCAGACGACACCGGAGACCUGACUGUUCACACCUUCUACCACAUGCUUUUUAACCUGGGUCCUCUGAUGCAUGUGUGCGUGACUGCCAUGAAGUACCUCACCUGUAGAUGUCUGAGGGCACGAACGGUUUCACCAAACUAAAACACAAAAUGUGCUGUACGCUUGUAUCAAUAAUAAAACAUGAGUUUAUUGUCUGAACUCGUCUUCGUUGUCAAAAGAUCCUAUAAAAUAUAUUUUACUGUC